AUGAAGAUACCCGAAUUCAAGAUACCCUCGGUGCUGGGAAAGGUGUCAGCCAAGUUCGUCAAGAAGCCUAUCUUCAACCAGCCGGUCCACACGGAGACGCGGUACCAUGUUACUCGAAUGCUCUACACUGUCCUCCUCUCACUGCUCAUCAUGAUCGCGGCCUCCAUUAUUGGACUUAAAGCGAUGACCGUCAACUUUACCGAGGACAACCGCGACACGGGCUUCGAAUUCGAGACCGAAGACCCCAAUGACUCAGUGAUACUGGCCGCCCUCCCAAGGAUGCUGUACACCGCGCCUGCAAAAUUAGCCCUAGUCGCAGGUGCGAUUUCCAUCUUCGUCGGCGCCACUCAUCUCGCUUUUGUUAUCAUGGACUGGAAAGCAGGCAAGAAGACCCAAGCCUACGCUUUCCGCCGCAACAUGAUGUUCCUUCAUUUCGGAAACACCGUCCUCAUUCUCUUUGCCCUCAUCUCCACCUUCGUGACGCACAAGUCCACCAGCCACGUCAAAGUAAAGUACAUCACCAACAAGGCUGAGCGGCCGUCCGCCGCAGACGGCAUGCGCUACAAUAUCGGAACCUUUGACCUGGAGACCUGGUCCUGCGAGUGGAAAACUAUCCCCGGCGCCGAGAUGGUGUGGGAUGACUAUGCUGCUCAAUGUCACAUCGAGGUCGCCGGCCGCAGUAUGAUGAUCCUCUUCUUGAUCGUGGGAAUUGGACUUGCAGGCUUGAGUAUCUGGGGUAUGAUAGGGCGACGGGACUCGAGCGGCGAGCGCAUCAAGACGGAGCAGGUUGAGUUGGAGAUGGAUAAGAUGAACGCCGUAUAA